GCCCUUCGAUGACUCGUAAUGAUUACCUGCACGGCAUCAUAGUCUAUUUUCUGCACGUAUAAAUGUACGCAAUGCACUGCCCGCACGACUAUCUUUCACAGUAUACCACGACGUGUCUGUUCGUGAAGUGGUUUCCGGAGGAGUGCAGAUUUUUCCAGAUGCACCCUCGUGCUUUCCACGUCCUCGCCUUCAUGCUGACUGCAGUCGUAAGGGCCGGCUGUGACGAUAAAACAAAAUGGUACUCUGAGUUGCGAUCCAUAAUCAAGAAUUGCCCAUCAAUGACGCAAAACAGCUCCGAUCAGGAUGAAUUAUUGGAUAUUUUUAGAAGAUGCGUGCAGCAGAGAGCCAUUGACACUUUGGAUACUCUCCUCGAUGAUGAUGUUAUUACGAUAUUCAACGGAGUCGAUCUGAUACGACUUCAUUCAAACGAUGAAAACAAUACAGAAUAUAAAGAUGAUUCUGCUGAUGAGUUAGAAGAGGAAGAUAUCAGUUGGUCGGCAAUCAUUUGGAAUCGAAUGACACGCGUUCUGCGGACUCACGCUUUUAAAAUUGACGUUGAUCGUAUAUUUAAUGCAACUGCUAACAGUCUGAUGUCCGCACAAAAUCUGGAUAAUAAUAUCGUUCAGGGUCGAAAACGCCGUUAUCGUCGUAAGAAUCACGUGUUCCCGCUGAUGAUGAUGGGUCUGCUGUUGAUGGGUACGAUUCUAGUGCCGAUGGGUUUUCAAUUCCUUGCAGUGUUGGGUGGUAAAGCCCUGAUACUCGCCAAAAUGGCUCUUAUAUUAUCCAGCAUACAAGGUCUGAAAAAGAUAGCUACUAGUGGCGUUAAUUACGGAUUAUAUCACGUCUCAGACGGUUGGCAUGAUAGAAGUCAUCAGGUACUUCCCAAUGAGGAUCAAGAACAUUAUCCGUUAUAUAUGCCUCCGCGUCCUUAAUUCUUUGCCAAGUGAAAUUUUAAG